AUGAACGAACCCACCACCUCGGCCUCGUCAGAACCUCACCAGCCUCACCCAGACUCUGGAACAAAAGGCCCCGAGGCUCCUGCCCGUAGAAUCAAAUACACUUCCGAAUCAUACCCGGAUCUCAAGAGAGACCCCAAAUUCGCCGAACUCACCACCGAACACGUUCAAUGGUUCAAGCAACUGCUUGGCAACGAGUCCGCUGUCCUCGAUGGUGUCUCCAAGGAUGCCUCAGAAGAUAUCGAGCCUUACAACGCCGACUGGAUGCGCAAAUACAAGGGUCACACUAAGCUGGUCGUCAAGCCUGGAAACACCCAAGAAGUCAGCAAGAUCUUGAAGUACUGCAACGACAACAUGCUGGCCGUCGUCCCUCAGGGUGGCAACACUGGUCUCGUCGGCGGAAGUGUUCCUGUCUUUGACGAGAUUGUUGUCAACUUGGCCCGCUUGAACCAAAUUCGCAGCUUUGACGAGGUUUCGGGUAUUCUGGUAGCAGAUGCUGGUGUCAUUCUUGAGGUCGCCGACAACUAUCUCGCCGAGAGAAAGCACAUCUUCCCCCUGGACCUCGGUGCAAAGGGUUCGUGCCAGAUUGGUGGCAACGUUGCAACCAACGCUGGUGGUCUCCGUCUUCUCAGAUACGGUAGCUUGCACGGCAACGUCCUCGGUAUCGAGGCUGUUCUUCCCGAUGGCACCAUCAUCAAUAACUUGUCCAAGCUGCGUAAGGACAACACUGGCUACGACAUCAAGCAACUCUUCAUUGGUGCCGAGGGCACUAUCGGCAUGAUCACUGCCAUCUCUAUCCUCUGCCCUCAACGUAGUCAAGCCACCAAUGUUGCAUACUUUGGUCUCGAGUCCUUCGAGAAGGUUCAGCAGGCCUUCGCCGAGGCCAAGGGUAUGCUUGGCGAGAUUCUGUCCGCCUUUGAGCUCAUGGACGGCCGUAGUCAGAACCUUUACAAAGGCGCCAGUGGUAACAGCUUGCCUCUUGAGAACGAGCACCCCUUCUACUGCCUGGUCGAGACUUCUGGUAGCAACAGCGACCACGACCAAGAAAAGCUCGAGAGUUUCCUUGAGCACGUCAUGGGCGAGGAGAUUGUCAGCGAUGGUGUCGUUGCACAAGACCAAACUCAGAGCCGUGAGCUUUGGGGCUGCCGAGAGGGUGUUCCCGAGCAUCUCGGUCACUGGGGUGGUGUCUACAAGUACGACUUGUCAAUCCCCAUCAGUGAGAUGUACGCUUUGGUCGAGGAGACUCGCGAGAGAAUGGAGAAGGCUGGUCUGAUCGGUGAUACUGAUGACUUCCCUAUCGUCGAUGUCGUAGGAUAUGGCCACAUGGGCGAUGCCAACCUUCACCUUAACGUACCUGUCCGCCGCUACGACAAAGCUGUCGAGAAGCAGCUCGAACCCUUCGUGUACGAGUGGGUUGCUAAGCGCAACGGCAGUAUCAGUGCUGAGCACGGUCUGGGUAUUGCCAAGGCACCCUUCAUUGGUUACAGCCGUGACGAGACCAUGAUUAAGCUUAUGCGCCAGAUCAAAGAUCUGUAUGACCCUAAGGGUAUCAUGAACCCAUACAAGUUCCUGUCUGGUUAG